AUGCUGUUCACAUUGUUUAUCGUGGUGCAAUGUAUAUCAUUAGUGCAUGGAUCAUUUUGUAUUCUUCCACGUUCACCAGAACAAAUGCGUGUAGCAAUGCGAGGACCAAAUGCUGUGACUAUUUCUUGGCGAACUGGUGGCAAUUUCGGUAAAAAUGAUACACCUGAACCACGAGUGGAAUAUAGCACAAGCAAGACAUUCACCGACAAAGUUACUGUUAAUGGAGCAACUGAUAACUACGACAAGAGUUCAUUUUUUCAUAAUGUUGCUCUACUCGAUCUGUUACCUUCCACAACAUAUUAUUACCGUAUUUUAGCAGCACCUACAUGUGUACGUGAAUCCGGUAUACAUUCAUUUACUACUGCACCACUUGCCGGUAAUCCAAGUGCAGUUAGUAUUACACUUGUCGGUGAUUUGGGAAAUGAUAAUCUAUUAAACUUAGGUGGAUCUUCACGUACUAUGAAAGGUUUACGUCAAGUAGCCGAUAAAACAGAUUUUUUUGUUCAUAUUGGUGACAUAUCCUAUGCUGAUGAUUAUGGUCUUGGUGUUCCAUUCGAAUUUUACGAACAAUCAUGGAAUUCAUGGCAAAAACAUAUGACAGAAGUAACAGCAAACCAAUUUUAUAUGACAGGACCAGGCAAUCAUGAAGUUACUUGUGCUAUCUUAGGUGACUUUUUGUGUCUGAACAGCAAUUACAAAAAUUUCUCUGCUUAUCUUCAUCGUUUUCGUAUGCCUGGUGAUGAAAGUGGUGGUUAUAAGAAUUUAUGGUAUAGCUUCGACUAUGGACUUGUUCAUUAUGUAAUUAUUAAUACAGAAACUGAUUUUCCUGAUGCACCAUCAGGUCCAGGUACUCUUCUUAAUGGUGGAAACUUUAAAGGACUCACAGGACAAUUAGAUUGGCUCAAAGCUGAUUUAGAAGCUGCCAAUGGCAAUCGUGCUCAAGUUCCAUGGAUAAUUGUAUCUGGUCAUCGUCCAUUUUUCGGUAGUUUACCUAAACUUCCUGCUCUUCCAGGUAAUUGUGAUUCAUGCCGUACCGCUUUUGAUCCACUUCUUCAACAAUAUAACGUUGAUUUUUAUGUUUCUGGACAUGUUCAUUGGUACGAACGUCUUUACCCGAUCGAUGCAAAUGGAAAUCCUAUAGCUUAUAAUUACGACAAUCAACCAGGUCCAAUUCAUAUUAUAAACGGAGCAGGUGGAGCUCCAGAAGGCAAGGCUUCAGUUAAAACACCGAUCAGUGCCUCGGCGAAAAUUGUAAGUGCUUUUGGAUUUGCACGUUUAGAACUCAAAGAUGCAUCGAAUGCUCGAUUAAGUUUUGUUGAUUCGAAGACAAUGCAAGAAGUUGAUUCCGUCGAUAUAAUUCGUCAUCAUUAA